UUGUUUGUUUUGAUAUUUCUUCGUGUUUCCUUAUUUGACUUUUUCCGCAUUUGGUGCAGAGGUUUGCCCGGUCGCUGGGAGAAUUUUUGAUGGUCUCUCCUAAAGGUUUUCUUCAACUUUAAAUCUAUGAAAUAAUUCCUUGCCGUCUAAAUGUGGUCGCAAAUAGAGGUGGUCGCUACACAGAGGUGGUCUUUCCGGGAGGUUUCAUUGUGGUAAUGAAAUACGAAAUUACUUUUUGUGAAAGCGUAAAUUAUUUUUCUAGAGUAAAAGUUUGCGUUUACCAACAAAAAAAGAAGAAAUUACACACCAUCGGAAGGUCUUGGGUGAAAACAGUAAGAGCGAGGAAUUAUCGUCGCCGAAGUUGAAAAACUCUUUCAAAGUUCAACUACAGCAAAAUGUAUCAGCAGAAACCAGCGGGAAAUUCCAUCAUAUAGAUAGUGAUUCCUCUUUUUCUAAAGAUUUGGGAGAUGAGAAAGAAAAUUUUCCAGCACCGUGUGCCAAGAAGAUGAGGUACAAAAAGAACAAAGUUGCGGCGAAUGUGAAAGAAGACAUUCACCAUAAUACUCGAGAUAUUGAAAAGGGCCCACUCCGAAAUUAUUCAAAACCUGAGUUCAAGAGAGAGAAAGAACACCAGUUAUUGAAUGUUCUUGAUUCAAAUAUAGCAGAAUGUAAACAAAGGAAAAACACGACAAAUGUAAAAAAUGCUACUCAAAAGGAUAUUAAAACUUCAACCAGUUUACUAAAAAAUGGCAAUCUAACAACUAGUAAUACGGAUUCCUUAUCACAUGAGUUGAAAGAUAUGAUUUUGAAACAAAAAUCUAAGAAAAUUCGCCGUCCACCAAAUGCUUUUAUGCUUUUCGCUAAAGAAAAGAGACGCCAAAUUCAAGGCGAAAAUGCUGGCAUGUCUAACAAGACAGUGAGUGCCCGUUUAGGCAAAAUGUGGAAAGAUUUACCGAGCGAAGAAAUGACAAAAUAUUAUCAACAAGCAAAAGCGUUAGAGAAAUUUCACAAGGAAACCUUUCCAGAUUAUAGUUAUAGUCCUUUCUUAGCGAGAAAGAACAAAGAACAGAAGAGUUCGAGAAAAAAGAUUUCUGAAAACGCAGUUACGAACGCAGUUAAAGCAAAAAAAUCAUUGAUAUUUAAUGCAACGGAACAAGCAGAUAAAAAUGUGGUUUCAGAAAAUCACAAAGAAGAGGAAAAGGCCAAUUUUAGAGGUUGUGCAUUUUUGCCCUAUUCUGGUUUGAUGUAUGAUUCUCAAUUCUAUCCGCAAUCGAAUACAAGUCAUCUACCUAGCCGUGAAGGUUGCUGCAAUCCUUUCUGUACUAAACAGAUUCACAAAUGCCGAAACUACAAUUCCACGAAUAUAAACCCAUAUCAUUCAUCAAUGGAAAACUUUGGACCGCCCAAUGUGACCUCAAGCACUAAUCCAUGUAAUUGUUCUGGUACAUUUGCACAUCCAUUUUACCCAUCUUAUUGGAGACCAUGGAUGAUGUGGCCGAGUGGAUGCUGCCAUCCCCUUUCAAGGCCGGUUCCAAAGGAAUUCCUCGACCACUGGAUGCAACCAUCUGCAUUUCCAGCAACAAAUCCAAGACCUCUUACUGAUGUCCACGAGAAUCAAGAACAAGAGAAAGGAUUGAAAAAUGUUAUCCGUGUAGCUCCACGCGACGAAGAAACAGUUCAUCAACCACCUAGAUCAUCAACCAAUCAAUGUCCAAGUCGGAAUGAUGGUGAACUGAAUGAUAAUAAAGAGAACCUGAUUUCAAAUAACAAUCUUGAUGAUUCCGAUGAUGAGAAUAGGCUUAUUAUUGUCGAUGACCUCAGUGAUGAGGAGAUAACAGUCGAUUGAAAAGAUAUGGACUAAUAAUUGUUAGUAAAAGACAGAAUAUU